GAGAUGGGCGGCGAGAGCAUGAGCGUUUGUUGUGGAGCGUUUAAUAAGGUGAAGCCGUACUUGUUAAUGGUGGGGCUGCAGUUCGGCUCGGCCGGGACGUACGUGAUAAGCGCACAGACCCUAAAGAAUGGCAUGAGCCGAUACGUCCUCAUCGUGUACCGCAACGCCAUUGCUGCUUUGGUGCUCGCUCCCUUUGCUCUUGUCCUCGAAAGGAAGAUCAGACCGAAGAUGACACUCUCGAUUUUCUUGCAGAUUGUGGUGUUGGGAUUUCUCGAGCCGAUCCUUGAUCAGAACUUUUCAUAUUUGGGGAUAACGUAUACGUCGGCAUCGUUCGCGUCCGCAAUUAUGAAUGCGGUUCCAUCAGUUACUUUUGUCAUGGCCAUUAUGCUCCGAUUAGAGCGAGUCAAAAUCAAGGAGGUGCGUGGGAACGCGAAGAUCGUCGGGACGAUUGUGACGUUCCUUGGCACACUGGUGAUGACACUAUACAAAGGCCCUUCGUUCCACCUGAUUCGGUCCGCCGGCACGGCACAAAGCGGAACCGUCACCGACCCGUCCAACAAGCAUUGGGUCGCCGGCACACUUUUCAUCUUGAUCGGCUGUUGUGCCUGGUCCGCCUUCUUCAACCUUCAAUCUAUCACGGUGAAGAAGUACCCAGCAGAGCUGUCGCUGUCGUCGUUGAUAUGCUUGAUGGGGGCGAUGCAGAGCGCGGCGGUGGCGCUCGUGGCGGAGCGUCACCCAGAUGCGUGGAGAGUCGGGUGGGACUCUCGGCUUCUUGCUCCCGUUUACAGCGGCGCAGUUAGCUCCGGAAUCACGUACUACGUGCAAGGCAUAGUGAUGAAGACGAGGGGUCCCGUGUUCGUCACGGCCUUCAACCCUCUGUGCAUGAUCAUCGUCGCCGCCCUCAGUUCCAUCAUCUUGUCCGAGAAGCUCUACCUCGGAAGCAUCAUCGGAGGAAUCGUCAUCGCGAUUGGUCUCUACUCAGUGGUGUGGGGCAAGGCCAAAGACUACUCGAUGACCCCAUCGCAAGAAUGUGUCGACCGGAAAGCCGAAACCCAGAAGCUGCCAGUCACUGUGGCGAAUGGGGUUGCUGCUGUUGAUCAAGAUGGUAUCAGAAAAUGACUUGAUGUUCACUAGUGCUUGGAUGUACGUAAAGUUCCAAUUGCUCUGAUGUUUCGAUGUAAGGCACAGUGGGAAUUGUUGCUGUAUGAUCAAGUUUGCAGGGCGGAGAAAAUAUUUUGUAGGACUAUCUCGCCACGUCAUCGCUGAGACAGUCCAUUAGGUGUGCGACAUGUGUCAAAGCGGGUCCCACCUCUCAAGGGAUUUUGAAAAUUCCCUCCCAUCUCUGUCUCCGUUGGCUCUGUUAACGCUUGCUCUCUCUCUCCCUCCUCCCGAGAAGGAGCUCUCUCUCUCCCCAUCACUCUUCACGUCACAAGCACAAACAAAAGCUUCACGAACAGAAGCUUUGCGCAAGAAAAUAUUGUGUAGGAUUGUCUCGCCACGUCAUCAUUGAGACAAUCCAUUAGGUUUGCGACAUGGGUCAAAGCGGAUCUCACUUGUCAGGGGAUUUUGAAAAUUCCCUCCCAUCUCUGUCUCCAUUAGCUCCGUUAACGCUUGCUGAGCAAAAUGAUUUCCCACAGAUGUAAAAGUUAUAUACUAGAGAAUUAUUCUCACAUUUCCUGUGUGUACAGGAUACAAUUGUAAUUUAGGGAGUUAGAGAUUUCAGUUGAGUUUCAAUGAGGCAUUGUUUCCGUAGCAUUAGAAUAUUACACAUACCCU